AUGCAAUGUGAUCAUUUGUGCUGUAAACGCAAUAUUCGCGCACUAAUAACUGAAGUUUAUUAUUGCGACCAAAUAAGCAGGGAAAAGUUCAAGUCCUUGUUGGAAGAAAAAGGGUUCCCCAUCGGGUUGUUCGCGUUUCAAGACAUACAAGAAUGCGGUUACGUUAAAGACUCCGGCUUCAUCUGCCUCCCAAAAAAGAAGCACGACGACGAGAUCACGGCUUUUUUCGAGCCCAACAAGAUCAAGAACCUGACGGGUGUCAAAGUCAAGGAGUACAUGAUUUGGAUCACAUUGACCGAUAUCUACGUUGACCAAUCAUCGUCCAUUACGUUAAAGACGAACCUUGUCGGGGUCGUUCCCCGUGUCGAUUUUUAA